CCAGCGCGCGCGUCCAGUCGGUUGCGUGUGAUCAUCGAGUGUGGUUCUCUCUAUAGCUCCGUUCCGAUCGCCCUUCAACAGUGGACACACGCGCGCGCCCAUUCAUUUUUCCAUCGUUGUUGACUGCCCUGUGGUUCCCUUUUUGGCGGUUAGAGAUCGAAUUCCCCCUGUCAAACAUCGCCAUCACCGGUCGGGUCUGUGCUUGGGACUAAAUAAUAUCGUUCGUUCGUUGCUGUUUAUUGUUCAUCUGCAGAGGAGCGUUGCUUUCAACGACUAAACAGAUUAAAUCUAUUUUUUAGUAGCGGAGAGCAGCAGUCGAUAGCAGCAGAAUAUUGUGUACAAUCGUGAAACUGUUCCUAUUAUUGGGUUGACCAGUACUGCAGCUGCAGUAUCUUGUUCACGAUCAAAGUGCAACUUCAUUGCUACCGUCGCCGCUGCUGUUGCCGCAAAUAGCCAGCAUCGCCAGAGGCGGAAAAACGACACCGGCUUUCUCGCGCCAUGGGGUGCGACUGCGAAUCAUGCAUAGCGAAAACGCUACUAUCAGUGUUCAAUUUCGUGUUCUUCGUUCUGGGAUCCAUUGUUCUAGGUGUGGGAUUAUGGCUUGUGGCCGACAAAUCAUCAUUCAUAGCGCUAUUGAAAAUGGUUGAAAGUGAUCAGCUGGAGCACUUCACGCAGCCGGCAGUGAUAGAACAGUUGGCGUACUUUUUGAUCGCCAUCGGGGCGAUCAUGUUCUUCCUGAGCUUUCUCGGAUAUUGCGGUGCGAUACGAGAAAGUCAGUGCCUGCUAACCACGUACGGACUGUUCCUGAUAGUGAUACUGAUACUGGAGGUUACCGCCUGUGGACUGGCGGCCGCCUACAAGGAGAGCGCCAAGACGGAAACGAAAAACUACUUGCAGACGACCAUUUCCAAGUACUACUCGAGCAACGAUCGCAACCAGUCCGACGCCGUGACGCUGAUGUGGAACUAUCUGAUGUCCGAGAUGCACUGCUGCGGGGUGGACGAUUAUCGGGACUUCAACCUGUCGGACAAGUGGAACGAGAGCAAGGGCACUCGGGUCAUCCCGGAGGCGUGCUGCAUGCAGACGACGCUGUUCGAUCUAUUGGACAAGAAUUGUCCCUACUCGCCGUCGGACAGCAAUAGCUAUUACAAGAAGGGUUGCUACAAUGCACUAAUCGACUGGAUAAUGUACAACCGGAAUUUGGUAAUCAUCGUGGCCAUCGGAGUGGGUCUGGUGCAACUAGUGGCGAUAUUUCUAGCAUUUUGUUUAUGCAAAUCAAUCGAAAAGUAUCGAGGAAUGCGACUGUAAUUCGAUACAAUUAUGGUUAUUCAGGUGGAGCACAUCACAAAAUGGUCCAAAAAAUGCAAUCAAUCAACCGACUGUACGCGGUCCGAUUAGUCUGAAGUUUGGUCGAGCUGAGAUUUGAAUCUCGGAAGCAAGAUAUCGUGGAAUUGUAUGUUCAAAAAAUCGUAUCGUUAGAUCCAUAUUCAUGUGUUUAGAUAAGAAAAUGCUGUUCGAUUGAAAGAGGAAGGUGAUCGAACGUUCAAGUGCACUUUUAUUAUACACAACUAAAGUUAGGAGUAGCGAUACCGCUGGUCAAAGCCAACACUCAAGACAGUCAUUCACAAAAGUAGCUGUUAGGUUUUCGUAAAGAAAAGAAAAGUUUUUCGUUUCGAUUUUGGUUUUAUUUUUUGUUUUUUAGCGGCCUUCAAAGAAAAGAGAGUACAUGUAUGCAAAACCGUUGUACCGUGGAUUUUUACACAUCAUGCUUUAUUGCAACAUAAUCUAAAAUUUAUCAUAGGUCAUGUUGUAUAAAUUCGAAUUUCCGAUUUUAUAGUUACGAUUAUGAAUUGUUUUAUUUUUUGUUUAUGUAGAAAUAAAUAAAAUAAUUUAAUACUA